ACAGCUAACGGGGAUUUCCGCCAUGCAGAAUUUUUACGUUAGGUUCCUUAGGAUGAAUGUUAAAGUAUCAUUUGCGUGACGUGUGAGACGAUAAGUGGUUAAUUAUUUUAAAUAAAUAUCUGCUUAAAAAAGAGCUCAUUUUUGUGUUUAUUGUGUAUUUGGUGGUUGGACAAGCAGUAAAGGAUGAGAUCGCUUCUAUUUCUUCUGCUUUUCUAUACCUGGCAAAUCUCUUUCGCCCAAAAGUGUUCGAGUCCGGAAGUAUCAAGAAAGUUAUCAUUUAUUUAUAGAACAGUACCAUCAUCUCAAAUUGAAGUGGUAGAAUGUUUCUAUACUGACGGCAACUCGAAAAAUGAUUAUUACGAUAUUACCAAAAACUGCGUUACUGCUGCCAGGACCAGAAUAUUCAUUGAUAAAUAUGGCGACGAUCACCGUGUUAAUGAGGGAGGAUCCAAAGUUUCUCUUAAAACGUACUAUACCAAUGCUGAUCUAUCACAGAACGUAGUUUUUCUCAAAUCCGGAAAGAAAUGCAGGUAUGACGCUGGUUUUUGCUAUGACCCUUCCCAAGGAAAUAACUACGCCGUGGUCUGGGCAGUCAAUCCAGUACCAAAAGUCGUGUGUCCUAAUCAACUAGAACAAAUUUUCUACGGUUACGUUGAUUAUUGGACCUUUACUGCCGAAAACAGAAAAUACCUUAUUUACUCGGUUCCUCUAAAGGAUGAGUCAUUUUCGUUAAGUCUAUCAAAUACAACAGUUUGCCAUGGAAAACAAGCUUGGUAUGUCGACGAACAAGGUUUCUUAGUAUCCUUUACUAGUUUGCUACCUCGUGUUACAGCAACUCCCGUUUUGAACCGAAAUCUCUUUCCGACAUUCAAGUCUAAAGGAGAUAUUAGUGACAGUAUUAUUAGGGACUGCACUCUGAAAUCCUACAACUUAAAUUUUGAUACGAAGAUCGAUACUGAUUAUUUAUCAGAUUCAGAAAAUCUAAAAAUCAUUCUCAGAUUUUAUCAACAAAAUAUUGAUAACAACAAAAAUGCCAUAAAUAAACUAGCAAAAGAUAUACAAGAUGACAACAGGGACAAGAAACCAUCUGAAAAUGUACUUUCAGAAAUUAACCAAAUAAAAUCAUCACUAAGUACAAACUUCAAUAAUAUUAACAAACUAUUCAAAGAUAUCAACCAGCUGAGAACUGUAGAUACAGAUAUUUAUUCGACAAUAACGAAUUUAGCUAAUAGUAUUAAACAAUUAAAGAUAGAUAUUAAAGACUUUACUGUAAAUAAUAAAUACUUAGACAAAUAUUUAAAUGAAUUGAAAAAUGAUUUUAACAAGAAAUUAUUAGACUAUAAUACAAAUAUCAAAAUACAAUUAGAUAAACUUGCACAUUCUUCAGGAUCAAAUGUUAUAAACAAACUUAAUCCAGCAAUACAGAGUCUUAACCACAGCAGUACAACUUGCUUAAAUAGAGUGACUAUUCUCAAACAAGACACAAAAAUGUCAAUACGGCAGUUGAAAAACGACUUGAUGGUCACUCAAGACUCGCUAGAAACAAAUGUCAAGAAGUUUAUAUUGGCCAAUUUAACAAACAUUGAAAUGGUUUUCGGUAGAAAGUUAAACGAUGUUUUAGCAUCUGCAAAUAAAAAAUGCGACAAAUCACUGAAUGAUGUGACUGCGUUUAAGAAUAUCCUUAAGAACGAUCUAGCAACGCUGGAAGGGAAGCUUGACAAAUGCUCAAUUGAUCAAAAGACAACUUCCAAUGAACUGAAAAAGGUAGAACAAGCUUUAUCUGCUAGAAUUUCAUCUUCUUCAAACGACAUUAAGCAAUUAAAUGAUUCGCUCUACAAUUACGUAAAUAUGUCAAUUUCUAGUCUAACAGAUGCUACCAAUAAGGACUUUUCUAAAGAACUUAGUGAUCUAAAAAGAAGCUUAUCAGGCAGAUUAUCCAACGAUGAAUCUCGUUUAAGCGAAGUAGAGAAAAAUGUACAAAAACUUAGGAGCGAUUUCAACGAGAAAGGUAAUUCGCUUGACACUGCUAUCCAGGGCAUUAAAAAGGAUAUAUUAGUUUUGCAAGGACCUAACGACGAGCUGGCUCAAACAGUAGAGGCGGGAGUUUUGGCCAAAGUUAUACCCUUACUAAACCCUACCCUUAUAACAAAAAACGUUAGCCGUGAACUAGGUGGCUUAAAAGAUGAGGUUGCUGCGCAAUUCGCCGAUUCUAGUAAGACAAUAAAAGACCUUAAAACAGAAGUAGAUUCCUGCAAGAGAGUUUCUGGAACCAAGUUGAAAGAAAAUGAAAAGAAAAUAGGGCAGAUUGAGAAUAAUUUAUCCAGGACACAAAUGACUCUAAUUGAUCUAUCGGAAAGGUUAAAUAAUGGUGUUCUCGAUCAAGUCAAUAGUAGAGUAACAUCUGCUCUGGACAAAACCGCCAGAUGUGAAACCGAAGUAAAGCAUCUACAGAAUGAGAUUAAUAAGUUGAGGAAUGAUUUUGAAACCACUGUGGCCAUGCUCAAAGCAGAACAUGACUACUUUAGAAAUCAAUUGCAACCAACAGACGUUAAAUGAGGGUCGAAACAUGUGAACAGCAACAUUAGGUAUUGUCUUUUACCAGAAAUAAUAUGUUUAAGUAAAAAAUAUAUUAAUUUCUAUAUAUUAUUUGUAUGUUUUUAUAAAAUUUUAAUAAAGCACUAUCUUUUUAA